AAGAGUUUUCGUCGCUGGGGCAAGCAGUCGCUCCGCGGUUCGAAGCCGAGGUGACAGAAGUUCUUUCCUCCACUGGACGGCGAGAGCGGGCUUCCGAAAGAGGCAGGAUGGGGUUGGCUGCCUUUGUCGUCCUCCUGGUCUUGUCAGCCAGCGGGCGGUCCUCCUCGACGUGUCCCACCUUCAGGAGCCUUCAAGCAGACCACCACGUCUUGUGUGAGCCAGAUUGUCUUACCCAUACCGAAGGCAAUGUGUAUGGCACUCUUGACUACCAUGAGGAUUCCCACGUAUGUCUGGCGGCCCUUCACGCUUCAGCCAUCAGCGAGAGAGGAGGGGAGGUCAGGGUCAAGAGGUCAACGCAGGUCAUCCGAGAUUUCUACGGCACUGUCAGGAAUAGGAUAAAGUCCAAGAAUAGCAUGGACGCCAAUUCACGGCCUUACUCUGUGCGGCGAGCGAGCGGCGCCGAGCCAGAAGAUCUCCUUCCCGACGUCCUCCUUGUGCACGACUCCUACAGGGACUCGGACCUGCACGUGACCUGCUUCUCCCAGGACCCCGACUUCGCCUUGGAGAAAAACCUUGUCAAGUGGGACUACAGCAAGAACAUGGGACACAAGAAAGCGGACAUCCAGAAGCGAAGGGCGGUCUUCACCUUCGACGACGGACUCAACUACCACGCCCUCAUAUGCAAGGAAGGCGCCCGAACUGACGUUUUAGCUGUGGUCCAAUUCCGGAAGGGCAACGGCGGCGAGCACGACCCCACGUACCAGGCCCCCGCCGCCACCUUCCGCGCGAGCAAGGGCGAGGCGCUUCGGAUCCCCCUGAGCAAGACCUCCGGGAUGCCCUCGCGUGUGUUCCUGAAGAAGUUCCCCCCGAGCUGGCCGACGGACGCGCCCAACUGGACUCUGCCCCUGACGUUCGCCUCCGCGCAGCCGUACCACAAGGCCAUCUACAACGCCGGGAGCUCGCAGGACGGGAAGAUCGACCACGUCCAUACCCAGGGAGCCUACUUCGAGAUCAUGGUAAGAGACUGCCCGGCCCAGAAGUACGGUCCAGACUGUUCCUCCGACUGUCCCGUCUGUCACAACGGCGGCGUAUGUGACUCGCACACUGGCACCUGUGUCUGCCCUCCUGGGUACUAUGGAACCAGCUGCCAGCAUGCAUGUCUACCUGGAUGGUUCGGAGCAUCAUGUCAGCUGCCGUGUCGACGUGACUUGAUUGGUUUCCAAGUUCCUGAAGAAGGGAAAUGCUCGGGAUUGACCUUCUGUGUCCCUGCCCCCUAUGGCUGCUCCUGCGCGCCUGGUUACAAAGGGCCUGCCUGCGACGAAGAGUGCGACGCCGGGACCUACGGAGUCAACUGCCAGGGGCGCUGCGAUGGCUGUGCCGCCGGGUGCCACCCUGUUACUGGCACCUGCAGCAGCUGUACGCCAGGGUCAUCGUGCACCGCCCGACCCCCUGCCCCCACGGACCUCGAAGCCGUGGUCGGUCGCGACAGCCUGAACGUCACGUGGCGGGGGAGCGGCGACCGGGGGAGCGUGUACUUCGUCAGCCACCAGAAAGUGAGCUGCGCGAUCCUCAACAAGCAAGAGGCAGAGAAGCAAGAGGUCCGGACGGCAGCCGGAGUGGAACUGACGGACCUGCAACUUUUCACUCGCUACAACGUGUGUGUUGUGGCCAGCCACGGGCCGGACGGGGGGCACAGCCAGCCCGCCUGCAUCCAACCCUUCACAGCUCCCGGAGUCUCCAGUUUCACGUGCACCGGCUACGUAGACUCGGCCACCUGCUACGUCACUCUGGCUGGGACCUGCGCGAAAAUUUCAGAGACGGACUUCACGAUUAACGUCACUGUCGAGGCUUACCUGGCGUGCAACCAAUCCCUCGUCGUCCAUAGCGCCGUCGUUCCCAAUAGUUCAGGUGCAAGAAAGGAAGUAACCCUGAAGAACGUCUUACCAGGCCAGCUGUACAACGCCUCUGUCGUGGUCACCACUUCAGCCAACCAGAUCGUGGCUGAGGACCGGGCCACCUUCACAACACGUCCUGGCACUCCGACGCCCGUGCGAGACCUGACCGCCGGCCUGGUUUGUCCCACGCAAAUCCAGCUGUUCUGGAACGACCCUUGUCCCACCAACGGCAGGAUACGGUACUUCUACAUCGAGCCGUCAAGAGCAAUGGUCUACUUGCAGGAGUGCCAGUCCUCCUCGGCCUACCAGCGGUGCCACACACUCGAGGGCUUGGAACUGAACAAAGCUUAUCAGUUUAAGGUGCAAGUCAAUAACGAUCAAUGGAGCGAAGCGGCCUACGUGACCGCUUCUACAGUGGAGGCUCAACCCGGACCAUCCCACGCUGUCACCGAGUCAAGGAACCCGCAGGACUUGACGCUCGCUGUAGGAACCCCAACUCAGCCCGGCGGCGUUUUGGUCAACUGCUCGCUGUCUGUGCAAGGGACCGACCACACGUGUACCAGAGAAUUCCAUAGAAAGCUUUCUGAUGUGUGUCCUCCUCCCAUCACCCAGAGCUCUACAGUCUGCCCGAAGUUCACGGGACUCACAGAGGGGAAGCUGUACACGGUGGAGACCCGGUGUUGCAACUCCAAGUACUGCAGCGAGUCGGCCAUGAGUCUCGUGGCCACCUCGCCUUUGCCGCCCGCCUUGUCCGCUGCCCCCACUGUCCUGGAGUCGAGCAAUACGACCAUCACCAUUGCCCUCCCUACCCUGACGCGCUAUGGAGAUGGAAAUAGCUCGUUGGCUGUGGUGGUCAACCGCGCGGAAGAUGGCGGAGGCGAAGAGGGAGAAGACCUGCAGGCAUCCGCUGUCUCUCUGCUGGAGAAGGCACUGCGCAGGCAUACUGUCAACCCAAAGGAAGCCAGCAAUAGUAGGAGGAGGCGUAGUGACGUCAUGUAUUACUCUGACACGUGGGAUGAGUGUCGAGAACCUCUACGCAUAGCCGCUGUGCUGACGGAAGAUGACUCUGUUUUCGUUAUCGGGGACGGCCAGCGGUACAACGGGUUCCUAAACUGCCCUUUGGAAUCCCAAAAAUCUUAUGAAAUUGGCGUCCUUGCACAAAACAGCCUCCUGGGCGAGACACAGUACGCCUGGCAGGAGAUCCCGGGCGUGGUGCGGGCGCGGGACUGGAAGCCGAGUUCCCUCCUGCCGGCUCUCGUCUCCGUCCUCGUCGUCCUGCUGCUGCUGGUCGCCGUCCUGGCCUUCGUCAUAUACCGGCACCCCGCCCUUAUUCAGAAUUUUAAAUCUAUUUUCAUAAAAGAUCAACAGGAAAGCAGUCUGGUUCUGAAAGGUAAAAACAUAUCUUUCCAUGAUGUGUCUUCACUUCCAGAUACAGCUUCCUUAGCUCGAGAGGAUCCUGUAUACGAAAACAUAGAUUUGCAAGAGAUUUACGAUAAUGACUAUCGGCGUGUGCCUCGCCUAGCGGUCGAAUCCUAUCUGAAUCGAGUCAUUGGUUCGAGUGAAGCUUCGGAUGAAUUCAAGACCAUACCCGAAAACACCGGCAGGAAAAUGGACGUUGGCAACCUACCUGCAAACAAGAAGAAAAACCGUUAUCGAAACAAUUUGCCUUAUGACGACACAAGGGUGAUAUUGGCGGUGAAGGAUGACGACCCGCAUUCAGAUUACAUCAAUGCCAAUCAUAUUAGGGGUUAUGGACAGAAAAUGCAUUACAUCGCUACCCAGGGGCCCAAAGCAGAGAAAAACAACACCAUAGGGGACUUUUGGAGAAUGGUUUGGGAGCAAAAUGUGUCUACUAUAAUUAUGGUUGCUAACUUCAUAGAAAACGGGAAGCCAAAAGUAGCAGAGUACCUUCGCUACGGGUCGAACCUGGAGACGGAAGAGAUGACAGUCACUGUCGUCAGCAGAGAAAGCUUGCCUCAUUUCAUACUGUCAAGAGUUUGCCUGGUGACCCACAAUGGCCAGCAGCGAGAACUCUGGCACUAUCAGUUCAUAAGCUGGCCUGACCACGGCGUUCCAGGGGAGGCGCUCUCUCUGGCUUCAAUGAUGAGACACUUUAGAGCCAGUCAGCCGCACGGCGUGGCGGUCGUGCACUGUUCGGCCGGCAUCGGGCGGACGGGGACGGUGCUGCUGGUGCUGCUCCUGCUCGACAGCCUGGACCUGAAGGACUCCAUAGACCCCGUCGAGGCCCUGGCCCGCCUCAGGGACAGCAGGGCGCGGCUCGUCGAAUCGUUCGCGCAGUACAGUCUCGCGCUGCAGAUCCUCGACGAAAUUUUGUUCGGCGCCAGUACGACCAUCCUGUUGGCCAGCCUCCUCGAGGAGCUGCCGCGCCUCCUCCUCGAGUGUCCUAACCAGUACAGGAAGCUCAAGGCCCUUCCUUCGGCGCUCACCUACAAGAUAGCCGAGCAACAGAAUGUCUUCGCCCUCACCAGGAACCACGCAGCGUAUCCGUCGGACACCUGGAGGGUCUGCCUCGCUGCCCAGGGUCCAGAGGCCCAGUACAUCAACGCCAUCCGAGUGACGGGGCUGACCAACAAGGAGGCCUUCAUGGUCACUGAACACCCGCUGGCAUCGACUUCGGAGAGGUUCUGGCGCCUGGUGGCCGAGAAGUGCUGUCCCGUGGUGGUGUUCCUCAACGAGUUUUCGGACGAGGAGGAAUUCCCAGCAGUGUUGCCAGACCAAGAGGAGGAGAGGACCUUCGGGCAGCACCGAGUUCGUACCCACUCUGUCCAGCCCUAUUCCCAGUUCCUCCUCCAGGCCCGUGUGACCAUCGCCAACCCGGAGAACGAGACUUACAACACCGUUUACCAAGUGACGGGAGUGCGGGCAGGACCUCCCUCCCUCCCCCGACGUCGCCCUCACCCUCGCCGACCUCCUCCUCCAGGUGCACCGCAGUCCGUACUCGGGGCCUCCGCUCCUGUGUGCUGCGGCGACGGCGUCACGGGGUGCGGGCUGGUGGCGGCCGUGACGUUAGUGCUGGAAAGAGCUGUGAACCACCAGAAUGUGGACAUCUACCGCACCGCCGUCGCGUUGCUCAGAUGCCGCCCGCAGUUCAUCACCUCCGUGGUAGUCGGGCGGAAUUCUUUGCGUGAUCAGUACUCGACCCUGUACCAAUGUGCCUCGUUGUAUUUGGAGAACUUUUCCACGUAUUCGAACAUCUCCUGAGGUCACGGGCGGCUCGCAACGUCUCAGAUGGCGAUGAUGAUGAUAAUUAUGAUGAGGGUGAUGAUGAUGAUGAUGAUGAUGAUGAUGAGGAGGAGGAGGAGGAAGAGGAAGAGGAAGGACAGGGCGAAAGAAGAGGAAGAAGAAAAAGGGGGGAGGUAUGAGAAAGAAAAAGUAGAUGGAAAUAAGAAUAAAGACAAGAAAAGGAGGAGAGAUUGACAGGCGGAAGAUAGUGAAAGCAAUAAUUAUAUAAUACAACAAAACAUGAAUUUGGUAUUAAUUUUGAUAUGAUUAUAAUAGUGGUUUUGCCAUAUUUUUUCAGAUAAGAGCUGAUAGACUUGUAUUGCCUCAUGUAAUUUUUUUUCUUGUCUCUUUUAAACCAAAACAUGACCUGUGUCUUUUUCUCUUAAAUAAAAUCAUGACUUAA